CGUCGCGUGGCUGGCGCCAGGCAGUGGACGACAGCCUGGAGCGCCGCCACGACCUCCACCUUACCGGAGAUGACGUGGAGCACGCCAACGACGAGCGGCUGGAGCGUCUUCUACGCCGCAUGCCGUCCCUGCGGCGGCUCACAACCGACCAUGACUUCUCACCGCCGGCGCCGUUAUCCGUUGACGUCGUCUCCCGGCUCUCAGGACACCUGGAAGCGGUGGAUUUGUUCCACUUCGACGCGGCCCCACAGCCUCUGGAGGGGCUGUGGACCAGGUGUCCCCGGCUGGGGGACGUCACGCUGCCUCGCAGGUCUGCCGACCGGUGCGCGGAGGUGCUGCUUCGCCGCCUGCCGUCCCUGCGGCGGCUGGACGUGGCGCGGAGUGACGUGCGGGGAGAGUGUUUAUCGCUGCUCCCCGAGUCAUUGGAGGCUCUCUCGGUGGCCUAUUGUCUACAUCUACAGCCGGCCUGCCUGCGUCAGCUGACCCGCUGUCCUCGGCUGCGGCGGCUGGACGUGUCAGGUGUGGAGGGGCUGCAGGCGGCAGACCUGGCGGCGGUGCUGGCCGGCUGUCCACAGCUGGAGCGGCUGACGGCGUGGAGGCUGGAGCCGGCGCUGGAGCUCUGCCUGCCGCCGGCCGGCCUCCCCUCCCUCCGACACCUGACGUGACGUGGUCCGGUGAAGUCACCGACUCCACGCUGAAGCGGCUGCCCGACCUGCUGCCAGGCCUGCACUCACUCAGCAUAUGGGGUGAGCAUAUUCCACAUCACGCAGUUUCCGUGUAUUCCGUAGUGGCAACACGGUAAUGGUGCAGCUGAAGUGACGCAUUAAAGCCAGCUGUUCCAUAUCAAUAGGACACGCUCCCGACCCCGCAUGCCGUGGCUCCGCCAUGGAGUUGCGAAAGGCGGUGUUGUUUACAGCACCGGCGGUUCAGCCGCUGUUCAUGUUCUGACGUCAUCUGGCGAUCACGUGACGGUGCUGAUGCAUUGGACCCGGUCCGGCUUCUUGUGUGUUUCAGCGUGUGACGAGGUGACGGCUGUUGGGCUGGACAGCCUGCCGCGGCUCAGGCAGCUGCGUCAGCUGGACCUGACCUGUCUGUCAGCUGUGACGGACGCCACACUGGACCGGCUACACGGGCCGCGUCUGAGGAUGCUGGACCUGACCGUGUGCCGGUCUUGUUCAACAGAUGGUGUCACACGGCUGGUGCUCGGCUGUCCGUCGCUGACGGUACUGGGGUGGGUGGUGGUCUUUCCCCUACGCCGGACCAGGUCCCUGGUAGACAGCCUGGUGCGCCAGCUGCCCCCGGAACCGUGACGUCACACUCGAGGUCUCCGCCUGGGAUCUGCAGGAUCUGCCGCCGCUGCCGCCCGGCCCGCUCAGCCUGAGGGGAAUAUAAGUCAUGGUGAGCAUCACACAGGCCACAGUGCUGCGGCCCGGCCCGGUCAGGUGCGCCGCCACCGUCCGACACGCCACAGCCACGUGUUGCCGGUCCACCGACGUACGCCCUCCACUGCCGACGCCGCGUGUC